AUGCGUCUUUUCACUACCGCCUUAAUGUGCCUAGGCCUUGCCCUCACCGUCGCUGCAGCAGGUAUACCUCCGCCCGACGUGGUCGUAACUCCGACCAGCGCUAUCGGGGGUUCUACAGAUGUCCCUACUCCCACCGACAAGGAACCCAAUCUCAUCGACCCCAACAUGGCGCCCAUCGUCUCUGACACGCCAGCGCCACACAUCCCACCUCCUGGUACCUGCGGUCAAGCCAUCUGGGUUCCCUUCCUCGGCAGCGUCUGGAUCCAGGCCAAUGCGUGCCAUAGGUUCGGUGACGCAGGCGACAUUCCCGCGCCGUCUGUCGAAUUCAUCAAUGAGGGCUAUAGCAACUGCAAGAUUUGUGUCUUCUGGAAGGGUAAGGACUGCAAGGGCGACGUCGCGUGGAUGGGCAAGAUCCCCAGCUCGAGCUUUACCGUGAAGUUCACGAACGACAACUACCCAUACAGCUACUUUUGCUCGAACUAG